CGGUGGCACAGACAUGGGCUCUCUGACUAAACAAGCCGAAACAACUGUUGCUCCAGACUGGAAAAAACAAUUGACUCCAGAGCAAUUCUAUGUUACAAGAGAAAAAGGAACUGAACCGCCAUUUAGUGGGAUCUAUCUGAAUAACACAGAAUCGGGAAUAUACUACUGCGUGUGCUGCAAUACCCCACUGUUCAGCUCAGAAAAGAAGUACAAUUCUGGGACUGGAUGGCCAUCAUUUUCUGAGGCUUAUGGUACUUGUGGCAGAGAUGAAAGCAAUACCAAUAUCAUGAGACGACCAGAUAACUCAUUGGGAUCAACUAGAACUGAAGUCGUCUGCAAACAGUGUGACGCCCAUCUAGGCCAUGUGUUUGAUGAUGGUCCCACACCUUCUGGGCAGAGGUUCUGUAUCAACAGUGUUUCGUUAAACUUCAAACCAGGCUCUGGUCAGUAAGAAGUGGAUCUCUGUGGCUUACAGAACAUCCUUUCGCUGCUCGUACAACAGGCUUGUGAAAAACUCUCAGGCUUUUAACAUAGAACUCAAAUUUUAGUACUUAUGCCAUUGCAGCUUUGCUUUCCAGCUAUUAUCAGUGUUGAUAAAAUACAUAUUUUUGUGGUAACUCUUUGGCAGUCUGCCUUUUCAUGGUUAGUGUGAUGUAAGUGUUGAUCUGUUUAUUGUAAUUUUUUAAUUAAAAAAAAAUCUAUGCAAUAGUUCACAUUCAUAACCAUCAUCAUUAACUGUAUCGAGGCUGCUGAAAUGAAGUGUUCUCCUGAACCUGACUUUGCCUAUGCUGAACAGUAGUUGUUGCACCCAGGAAUACAGAUGUACAUGGCUGAUCAUGCCAGAACUUUUACUUCUGUGAAAUCAUCAUAUCCUUCUAAAGGGAAGCAAAAAUAACAUGAAUCUGCAAAUAAGGCUUGAGGGGCUUUUUCCCCCUGAUGUGAGAGACCUUUAGCCAAGCCAAGUGACUUUUCCGUGAACCCAUAAAAGUGAAGUCCUGACAGAGGGCCUAAUUAAAACUAUUCCAGGCAACGGAACCAGUGAGGACAUGGAGUCUUUCUUCUUUUAAAUCAUUUACUUUGAUUCUGUGUCCAAUAGCAGAGCUGAAGUAGGGUUUGCUCCAGGAACUUCCUCUUACAGAAAUAAUAUGAUAAUAAUGUAACUAUCUGUGUAACAUCUCCAGACUUCUGUUAUCACUUGUGUAUUUCAGAAUCCGAAAAUAAAAAUUAAUGUGAAGUUUACUUUUUUGGGGAAAAAAAUCAGCAUCAAAAAACAUGUUGAGUAAAGUGAUGCUUUUGUUGAAAACAUGCCUUGUCUCUUCUUCCUUGUACAAGUUUGUAAAUACUUCUGUAUUCUCCCAAGCAUUGUCACCAUGGUUUGCUGUAACAGGAAAAUAAAUCUUAUGUUUGUGAAAUUG